UGGAGGCCGCUUUGUGCCCGAGCCGCUGCUCCCUCAACAGCUCCUGUGGUUUGAUUUUUAUGCUUUUACAGAUGAUUUUUCAGAUGAUUUAUGGGCUGUUAUUAUUAUUCCAGAUGAUUUUACAGUUGAGUUUACGGCGCCACGACGAUAACGACAGCAGAUAAAAGCGACAGGUCCGAGGACCAAACCUGCUUCUGCUCUGGUGUUCGUUGUGUUUGAAGACUCUGCCUGAGCGUUCCUCUGACACAGGAUGAAGAAGUUCUCGUCUCUGGAGCUGCUCCUCAGCCUCAUGGUGGUUAUUCUGGUUGCCUGCACCAUCGGCCUCAGCGUCGUCGGCUUCACCUGCGUCCAAAAGACAGGAGCAGAUGAGGGCGUGUUCUUGGCCCACUUGAGGAUCUCGGGAGGAGCAAACUUCUCUGAGGACCUCACAAACUCCUCGUCUCCUCAGUUCAAAACUCUUGCCUUUGACGUCCAGAAGCUGGUGGGCGAGGCCUUUUCUCUCAGUGACCUCAGGCUCCAGUUCAAAUCCUGCUCCGUGCUGUACUUCAGCAAAGGCAGCAUUGUGGUGACCAUUGACCUGCGCUUCCUACUUCCCAUGAGUGCCCCGGAGGCGGAGCAACAACUGGGGGUGGGGCUUCAGCUCGUCCAAGGCUCGGAAUUGGUUGUUGACCUGAGCAGCGUGAACGUGACAGUGGCUCUGGUUCAGCUCAGAGGCGUUAUGACCUGUUCUCUACAAAGGAGCCAUUUCGACCACCUCUGUGACCCCUCCCACCACCACUGUGACCUCUACCACCACCUCUGUGACCCCUCCCACCACCUCUGUGACCCCUCCCACCACCUCUGUGACCCCUCCACCACCACUGUGACCCCUCCCACCACCUCUGUGACCCCUCCCACCACCUCUGUGACCCUCCACCACCACCACCCCUUUCCGUGUCCGGACGGUCACAUGAGCUGCUCCAACGGCUCAGGCUGCGUUCUGAUUGGUCAAUUCUGUGACGGACACAAAGACUGUCCCAAUGGAUCAGACGAGAACCAGAGCACCUGCGCGACGUCGUGCGAUGGCAAUUUCUUGCUCCAGGGCCCCAAUGGCUCCUUCACUUCCUCCGUGAGUGGGAACUACAGCAGCUCCACUUCCUGUCGUUGGAUCCUCAGGGCGGAGCCAGGCCUGUCAAUCAGAGUAGACUUCCUCUUCUUCGAGACGGAGGAGAGGCGGGACUUCCUGCGGCUGUUCGAGGGCGUGGGAGCGAACCGGCGGCUGAUCGCUGACCUCUCAGGCUCCACCCCUCCAGGAAGAGUGUGGCUGCUGAGCGACCAAUCAUCAGCGGAGUUUGUGUCGGAUGACCUGGGAGAGGGGCGGGGUUUCAGGGCCACGUUCAACACUGAGAAUUUAACUGACCUCAGCAAUGAGCAGAUGCUGAGCUGUACCUUCGAGGACGGUUGGUGUUUCUGGAGACGAGACCCAGACCAAGACCAGGACUGGAUCAGGACCAGAGGAGAUCAGUUCCCCACAGGGACCGGACCCAGUGAGGACCACACCACAGGGACCAGCGCAGGGUUUUAUGUGUCGACUCCGACCAGUCCUGGGUCUUGGUUGAAGACUUUCCGGAUCCUGAGUGUUCCUCUGAGACCAUCCUCUGGCGCCUCUUGUCUGUCCUUCUGGUAUCACAUGUUCGGAGCAGACGUGUUCUUCCUCAGGGUCCUGCUGCUCCGGCCGGACCUGCCAGACCUGCUCCUGCUGCAGAGACACGGGGACUACGGGGACUUCUGGUAUCAAGGCCAAGUCCAGUUACACAACUACAGUCACACACAGGUGGUGUUUGAGGCUCAGAAAAAUGGAGGCCGGUUGAACGACAUCGCUCUUGAUGACAUCACCUUCACGUCACAGCCCUGUGGCCCCGCCCCCCCAGAGCCCACCAACGUCCCGCCCCCGACCACGCCCGCCCCUCUCCCAGCCGACUGCGGAGGGCCGUUCGAUCUCCAUGACAACGGCACCUUCAGCUCGCCCAACUACCCCGAUUAUUACGGCAACAAGGCCAACUGUCUGUGGAGGCUUCACACUGAUGCGGGGAAAAACCUUCAGCUCCAUUUUCUGGACUUGGACCUGGAGACGUUCUACGACACUUUGGAGAUCAGAGACGGACCAGAGCCGAAUUCUACUCUGCUCGGUGUGUUCACUGGAACCAGAGGCCCCACCCACGACCUCUUCUCCUCGACCAAUCAGAUGUCCCUAAUAUUCUUGACGGACAGCUCAACCUCGGGCCGAGGUUUCAAGGCAAACUUCAGCUCCGGGGUCAAUCUGGGGUCACCAGAUCCCUGCCCUGUUGGACAGUUCCAGUGCGUUUCUGGUCUCUGUGUUUCCGCUGACUCUGAGUGUGAUGGACACAUGGACUGUCCAGACGGAAGCGACGAGGCCCAGUGCGUGUUCUUGGACUCGGAGCGUCUUCAGUUCCAGGUGACCUCCGCAAACUUCUCCGUGUGUUCAUCCUCGUGGAGCCAGCCUCUGUCCAAUUUCACCUGCAGAUACCUGGGAUACAGGUCUGGACUCUGGAGCCCGGUCGCGUCUCGUCCCGAAGAUUCUCCGUUUGUCUCCGUGUCUGUGUCAAACGAGACCAUCCAAACAGAUAUACUGGAGAAGUGUGAGAACGUCGUGUCUCUGAACUGCAGCAACCUCCCCUGUGGAGUCCGACAGGUGAACCUCACGUUUGAGUUUAACCAAUCAGAGCAGAGAGGAGACACAGGUGGCCAAUCAGAGGACGCCGGAGGUGGGCGGAUCGUGGGGGGAGUUGAUGCGGCGAAGGGGGCGUGGCCGUGGAUUGUGUCUCUUUGGUGGUCGGGGCGUCACGUGUGUGGAGGAACUCUGAUUGGUGAAGACUGGGUCCUGACGGCCGCCCACUGCGUCUACGGGAAGAACAUGCACGUGGAGCGGUGGCAGGCAGUGCUGGGCCUCAGCGCCCAAUCACAACCCUCCAGUCCCGAGGUGCAGUCCCGACCAAUCAAACGCAUCAUUAUACACCCGCUGUACGACCGGCGAAUCAAACGCGCCGACAUCACCCUGAUGCAGCUGCAGGAGCCAGUCAGCUUCAGCGAUUACGUGCAGCCGGUGUGUCUGGCGGAGCUGGACCCGCCCCCCGGGACUCUCUGCUCCAUUGCGGGCUGGGGACGCCUGUCGAGUGGAGGUUCUCUCCCUGAUGUUCUGCAGGAGGCUCAGGUUCCUCUGGUUCCUCAGACUCUGUGUCAGGAGCAGCUGCCUCAGUACAACAUCUCAGACCUGAUGUUGUGUGCGGGACGGGAGGAGGGCGGCACCGACACCUGCCAGGGCGACUCGGGAGGUCCUCUGAUGAUCCUGCAGAACGGUCACUGGACUCAGAUCGGUGUGACAUCAUUCGGCGAUGGCUGUGGAGACCCUCAGAGUCCCGGAGUCUACGCCCGAGUCUCCGCCUUCACUUCCUGGAUCACUCAGAUGCAACGCUCGCACGGCUAAACUACACCUAAACUACAGAGGACUACAACUCCCACUACAGCUAAGACCGGAGGACUACAACUCCCACUACAGCUGUGACCACAGGACUACAACUCCCACUACAACUGUGACCAGAGGACUACAACUCCCACUACAGCUGUGACCAGAGGACUACAACUCCCACUACGGCUGAGAUCAGAGGACUACAACUCUUCCAUGUGGACUACAAAUCCCAGGGUUCAGUGUAAAUAGUAAAUAUAACCCUGUGAUGAUGUCAUUCUCUCAGAUGGGGUCAGACUGUGAGAAAUAGGAGAACAAACUGCCCCCCGUCAGACUUGUCUUGUUUAAAUCCAGACUCAAGCUCUUUUUUUUUUUUUUUCAGACUGGUUUUAACUCUCAUAGUGCAUUAUUUGUUUUACUUCUGUUGGAUAUUGUGUAUGUUUUUAUUGUAUAUUGUGUUGAUUUGCAAAGCACUUUGGUCUCCUUGUGUUGUAAAAAAGAUCUAGAAAGAUCUAGAUUGAUGCAAAAUUAUAAACCUGUUAUUAAUGUGAGAGACUAAAUCAAAAGAUCAUUUUGUGUAUCGAUGAAUCUUCACUUUGAAGCACUUUGAAUUACCUUGUGUACCAACUGUGUUGUACAAAUAAACUUGUCUUGUCU